UUAUCAGAUUGUACGAAAUAUUUCAUUUAUACGCACGCUGUAUUAUUUUGAUUAAUAGAACAAUUAAGGUGUAUUCACAUCUUCAUACCUCUCACUCAACCUAUGGACUUUCCCUUAUUUCAAAAGCAAACUGUUUCAUUCAAAUUUUGCACAUUGCUCGUAAUGCUCGAGCAUUGCAAUCAUACUGAGUUAAAAAAGAGCAACUUUGAGAAGAAAAAAGGAAUUAUAUGGUAAGUACAUGUAGUUUGGGUUUUUACUUAUUUGAUUUAGAUAUCUGUAGUUAAAUUGAUAUAUCUUUAUUUCAAAUAAUAGUAACUGUAAUUAAAUAGAGACAUCUCUAUUAAAAAGUAAUUCAAUAAUUAGAUAUCUGUAGUUAAAGUACAAAUAUCUCAAAUUCAAAUGGAAAGGAAUUAAUAUAAGCUUUAAGCUUGUUUUCCCAUCCCAUUUGCAAUUUUUUGUAUAUGUAAUGUUAUUGUGCCUUGUUGAAUAAAAUAAUGUUUAAACUAAAUAGAGAUAUCUUUGAUUUUAAUACAUAGAUCUGUAUUUAAUAGAAGGUAAAGAUCUCUAUCUAAAAUACAGUUCUAUAUUAACAGAUAUCUACAAUGUAUUUGAAAUAUGGGUAUCUCUUAUUAGAAUACAGACCUUUAAUUAAAAUACAAGUAUCUGUAUUUUGUACAUAAAUAGAUGUAUCUCUAUUCUUAAUAAAUAUAUCUGAAUUAAAUGGGUAAAAACCCAAAAAAGCUUGCCAAAAUGUCCACUUAUGUAACUGAUAUUGAAUUCAAGAAUUGAAAUGAGCAGAUAUUGAGUUAUCGUUUAUUAUAUGCCUUGCCUGAAAAUCAUUGUUAAAAAAUGACAAUGAAAUAUAUUUUUCACAUUGAUGAACCGUGAAAAACCCACAUUUUCUCUAUUUCAAUUUUUUGAUGCGAAUAAAUUAAAUGGCACUCAUACACGUCAAACACCCCCCAACACCCCCCCCUACACACACAAACAUCAUCCAGGACACAGUCACAACCCCCAAUACACCAAGCUACUCACAAAUACCCAGGUUAUUUUUUCCUUUAAAAAGGAUUUAUUUUACCAUAAAAUGUAACUCGGUUCUUUUAUUUAGGAUUUCCAAAUGUCCUAGGCUGUAUAGAUGGGACAUUUGUGAAAAUCAAGAAGCCAGCAGCCAAUGAAGCAGACUUUCUCAAUAGAAAAGGAUACCAUUCCUUGAACAUACAGGUACAUAUAGAAAUAUUUACCACUCGACUUUUUAUCUACAGGACUACUGAAAACAAUUCUUCCCAAUCUUAUUUUGUGAAAGGCAUAAAAUUUAAUGAUGCUAAUUCAUCAAUCAUAACAUGAAGUUUAACAUAUGGAAUAAGGUACACUCCCUAAAAUACGUUGAAAAUGAUACUUUCACUUAUUUGUACCUUAAUUCCUGAGAUUACACAGCUCUCUUUUUGAUGUUGCACAUUUAAACUUGUAAAUAAAGAUUAGGAAUAUGAAGUAUGCAGUUUGUCAAUAUAAUCUCUAUAAACACAACAGGCAAUUUGUGAUGCCCACAUGAGGAUCACAAGUCUAAAUGCGUCAUGGCCAGGCAGUGUCCAUGAUUCACGGAUUUGGAACGCUUCAGCCUUAAAAGACCAAUUUGAAAAUGGAUUACAUGAUGGACUUCUUCUUGGAGAUUCUGGAUAUGCAUGCAGGAAGUACUUAAUGACUCCGUUUCUCCAGCCUGUAGGCAGAGGUCAAGAACGAUUUAACAGGAGCUUGUGCAGAACUAGAGUACUAAUAGAACAGACUUUUGGCGUUUUGAAAGCUAGAUUUCCAUGCUUAAGAUUCGGACUCAGGAUGAGACCAGAAAUGGCAGUUUCUACUACUUCUGCUUGUGUUGUGCUUCACAACAUAGGGAUCCUCAGGUUGGAUGUAGUGGAUGUGGAGCUUGAGCAUGACAAUCAGCUCCACAUCCAAGACCAGCAAGUUCUUGCACAACCUGAUGGAAAACAUGUUCGUGAUCACAUCACAAGACAGUAUUUCAAUAAUUAACUUAAAUCUACAUUCUAAAUUAUAAAUUAAACAUUAUAAAUUAGUAAAGUGACUUAAAAACAAGAGAUCCCAGAGGGAUCUUGGCGCCCACCAUUGAAUGAUCUUCAUAAGUUCCA